CUUCAUUAUCAUUACCUUCUCAUCAUUUAUAUCUCUCUCUUUCACAUUCACUUCCAAAAAUAAAUCUACACUUGCUUGAUUUUUGUGAUCGGUGUAGUGAAAAAUGAAGACGACCGGUUCGGGCAUGGGAGCAACGAAGAGGAAGAUGUGGAGCCGUGGAGUGGGAGGAGUUGUUAGAGAGCAAAAGGCUAAGCUUUACAUCAUAAGGAGGUGUGUCGUCAUGCUUCUUUGUUGGCAUGACUGAAAAAUCAAAUCAUCAUCAUCAUCAUCAUCAUCAUCAUCGGCUUAAUCAAGACUAACCAAAUAUUUUCCCUUUUUUUUUUGCGGGUCUUAAUUU